AUGCCGCACUUUCCUGUGCCUGCGACAGGCUUCCAGGCCCUCAUUCUAUGUGGGCCUGGGGUGUCGCUCAAUACAUUUACCUCCAAUUCUGAGGAAUAUCCCAAAUGUCUUCUGCCGGUUGCGAAUCGGCCGAUGGUCUUCUACGCGAUGGACUUUUGCAGGCGAUCGGGGAUCACCGAUAUCACAUUGAUCACACCUCCGUCCUCUCUUGCUCCGCUCCAAGCCGCCCUAAAACAAAAUCCGCAUCUCACAUCAUUUCCUUCGCCUUCGGCCUCAGUCGUUGCCCCGAAAGACCUCGAGAUGACAAUGGGAACUGCGCAGCUACUGCGCCUACCGGAAGUUCAGGAUUGCAUCAAGACCAAUUUCCUGCUGCUUCCCUGUGACCUGGUUUGCGAAAUCCCCGGGGAAUCGAUUCUGGAGGCCUGGAUGGUGACGCAGACCGUUCCCGAGGAUAGUCCCACACGAGGCGGUCUGGCCGUGUAUUAUCAGACACAGGAUCGAGAGGACAGUGUGAAGAACGAGGCCACCGAUUUGGUGGCUGUCACCCCGCUCCAGCAAGAUGAGGCACCGGCAGUAUCACAUCUAGUAGACGGGCCGGCAUCGCUACGAUUUAGCCUCUCGAAACUGGCCAUGUCCAUGCCGAUGGACACCGUCAAGGAGAAAAUGGAGCAGGACAAGGGUUUCCUCGUUCGCCAUUCGUUGGUCCAAAAACACGCCAACCUAAAGAUGCUGAUGAAGCACCGCGAUGCGCAUCUGUAUGUGUUCCCAACUUGGGUCAAGGAUCUGGCUCGUCGCCAGGAGAAGCUUGAUUCCGUGAGCGAGGAUCUGGUCGGGUACUGGGCCAAGGCCGGGUGGCAGAAGGGCCUAGACGAGAAACUGGGCAUCCCUCAACUGUUCCACCAGGACAGCCGCCAACGCCAGGAAGGGGAAUCCGCAGAAGAAGAGAUCGAUCUGCAGAGCAUGAGCACCAGCAAGGCGGGCUCAAACACCGAACUCCCUUCUUCCUCUUCCACCCAGACCCGGCUAUCGGAGCACAAUCUCUCCGCUCCGGUCCCCAGAUCCACUAAACUUCCCCAAAUCCUCGCCUACGUCCACCGCGGCUCGACCCCGUUCCUCCGCCGCGUCGAUAGCUCCGCCCUCCUACUCUCGACCUCUCUUCUUCUCGCGAAACUCGAGUCCAUCGAGGAAGUCGGCCGCGAAGCCGCCUCGCCCUUCGCCCACCCCCACAAAAUCGCAUACCCGGAGGGCGUGGCGCAGCGCUGCACCAUCACCAAGAGCGACUGUCUCCUCGCCGAAAACGUGACCGUCGAGCCGACUUGCGUGAUCAAGGAGAGUGUCAUUGGCUCCAACUGCCAGAUAUCACGCGGCGCUCGGCUCACGCGCUGUGUCUUAAUGGACUGGGCUGUUGUCGAGCCCGGUGCGAAAUUGACCGGGUGCAUUGUUGGUCGGCGCGCGAAGAUCGGUCGUGAUUGUGUCUUGACGGACUGUGAGGUGCAGGAUGCGAAUGUUGUUGCGGAAAAGACGCAGGCUAAGAAGGAAAACUUUAUGGUCUUCGAGGGUCUGGACGAGGAUGAGGAAGGAGGCAGGUAUAUGAGUGUUGCCGAGUCGGAUGAUUAG